GACUUUUCCUUUCGCACGCCAGUACAUCGCUUUUAUGCUGAGCGACAUAAAAUUUUGUAAACUGAGCCUUCCAACCAAGUGGGAACGAAACGGACGAACAAAACGCGCGUGCUGGAUCAAAACGAGACAGAACGAGGGACGUCGAUGAUGGGUUUUGCAGCAGCGGUCAGAAGAUCGUCGGGCCCGGACAACCCUUCGGGAGGUGUCUGCAACCAACCGUUCGCUAUGCGUUUAUGAAUGAAGAGCCACCGGAUCCUGUGUGGGGUGGAAAGAGAGGACCGCGGGAACGGUGGGCAGCAUAACCGAAGCUAGCACCGUUUCAAUUUCGGAGGUGCGGUCUCCUACGGUUCAGUAUGCAAUUUCGCGUCGAUCGGUGCGGUUCCAGCUUUGCUGUGUUUGGUGGGAUCGGUCUCAAGGUUUUUUUUUUGUUGGAUUGUUGGUGGUUUUGGAUGGGUUUAGAUGCUGUCGUUAUACUAAUUAGAAGUGCUCGGUGAAGAGGUUAUACAUUUAUGGAACAGUGCUGGUGUAAAAAAGUGAAGCAAAUGCUUUAAAGGAAGCCAUUAUAAAUGAUUUAAAGUUAUAAAACAAUCGAAAAGUGUUGGUGGCAAAAGUGACGUGCAGAAGAAGUUUGAUCAAUCUAUAGUUCAGUGCUGAAUCAUGGGAGAUAACAGUUAAAUAACCAUUGUGACUUGAAAUUGUAUGAAAAGUUGAGCAAAUCAAAAAGAAGUUGAGAGCAUCAAAAAACAAUGGAUACCUCAGGAUUAUCUCCACUCGGUGACCUGGACUCCAGUUCCGGUGGUUCGGAUGGCGUCGGAGGAUUUAACCACGGACAAAACCUUUACAUGUCUCAAGGAGCCUAUCGUGACAACCAAAACCCGAUCAAGACACUGUUUUUCUCGGAAAAGCUACAAGAGUUCACCGACAAGGAACCGUCGUACCAUCAUCAGGAGCGAAAGUUUCACGACACCAGCAACUACAACCAUAUGAAAGCGGGCGGAGGACACCACGGACAGGUGCAGCAUACGGGCGACAUCAUCUACUAUGCCAGUAAACCGAUGAGUGAAGGAUCCCCUGGCAGUGUGUUGGUGAAUGGAAGCAGCACCAACGGUAGCACCACCGGAAGCAAUGGCAGUAGUCUUCUGUCCGUACCGAACACUUCCGUGGGUGGUGUCGUCGUACCGAACGGUCUUCCCUCGUGUGGAGCACUGGCACGUGCGGACAACAACAACAGUUCCUAUCUACAAUCGCUACAACCUCCACCACCACCACCACCACCACCACCAUCCACCGCAUCCUCCGUGCAUCCUUUGGCGACAUCGAACGGAACGGCUGACCUCGAGCGCAAGUGCUUCAGCUUCAGCCCCGAACAGAUCCAGUGUAUGUGUGAGGCACUGCAGCAGGAAGGAGAUCUGGAGAAGUUGGCCACCUUCCUGUGGAGCUUGUCGCCCAGCGAUCUGAUCAGCGGCAACGAGAGUCUGCUGAGAGCUCGCGCGCUGGUCGCUUACCAUCGUGGGCUGUACCAUGAGCUGUACGCCGUGCUAGAAUCACACUUCUUCUCACCCAAGUACCAUGCGGAUCUGCAAGCGCUCUGGUUUAAGGCGCACUACCGCGAGGCGGAAAAGGUCCGUGGACGGCCGCUCGGGGCGGUGGACAAGUAUCGGUUGCGCAAGAAGUACCCGCUGCCGAAGACGAUCUGGGACGGGGAGGAGACGGUGUACUGCUUCAAGGAGAAGAGCCGCAACGCGCUGAAGGACUGCUACACCCGGAACCGGUACCCAACGCCGGACGAGAAGAAGACGCUGGCGAAGAAGACGGGCCUCACGCUGACGCAAGUGUCCAACUGGUUCAAGAACCGUCGCCAGCGGGACCGAACGCCCCAGAGCAGUCGACCUGAUCUGAUGAUGUCCGUGCUCCCGGUUACGGCGGACCAGAUGGACGGUAGCUAUCAGCGGCUGUUUAAUGUGGCCAAUUACGGACCCGCGCACGGUUAUCACGCAAAUGAUAUGUACGCGGUGCAGUAGGCAGGUUGGAUGAUGGUGCCGCCACAACUUUUCCGGAAGGCGUUCGCGUGCGCGCGCCUGGCACCGCACGUUGGUUCUGCAAGCCGCGCUGAUCCUGUGCAGCGAUUUCCGUCGAGUGGAUCACUUUGUGAUAGGGAAUGUGUACGUUUUUUUUGUGUGAAUGAGAAGGGAAGAUAGUUGUAUAUAGAAGGAAAUGAAAAUGAGAGAUCAGAUUUGGGCUAGAAGGGGGCAGCUCUCUUGAAAAACAUUGUAAAUACAAUAAAGUAUUACGGAUACGGCGAUACGAGGAGAGACAAACGUAAUGCCAGUGAAAUGUAAAUCGUAUAAUUAGUAAUAAUCAUAAGAGAAGGUGAAUAAUCGAGUAGAAAUGCGAUAGAAGCAGAGGGCAACAGUUGUACAGAUGUGAAUCGAUGGUUGUUUCGAAUGCACAUGAGAAGUAAAAUGAAUAAUAAAAAUGUGUUAAACGAAA